UAACUCAAAGCCACCAAGCGUAGCUAGCUCAAUGGCACCAAGCAUAGCUACCACAAUGACAGCAUUGGACCCCAAGGCACCAUCAGUGGUCAGCGGGAGUCUAGGACCAGAAGAUGAAGACGCUAAAGCUGAGCCGUCUGCUCAAGAGAAUGAACAAGAAGCUGUUCCCCACCGAAGCCCCGCCCAUCACAAGUGUUUCAGACGCUGCCUCUCGCGUUCUCCCCUAAAAAGGCCGGUAAAGGACCCGAAGAAGAAAACCGGUCUAUCUAAGGGCUUCUCCUCGGCAAGGAAAUGCGUAUCGGACAUGAUCAAAGAGAAUAGGAAAAUUAAAUACGGACCUGGUUUGACCGCAGCCCCCAGCCAUUCUACGAUCUUCACCAUGGAUAUAGGGUCAAAGGUGGACGAAGAGAUUACGUUCACGCAGAAAGAGGCAAAGCUAGAGGAAAAAA